ACUUACCCAGCGCCCUCUUUUCACAGCCUCUUCUCCUGUACGUCCGCCUUGGACUCCAUGCUCUUCAAGCCCUUCCCGCUGUGUGACCGGAACGUCCAGAGCAUUCUGCGGGAUGAGAUUGUUAAUCCCCUCCGAAAGACCGGCUUUGUCAGGGCUGGGAGCGUGAUGCACCUGAGGGAGCAGCUGACUGAGAAGGGCCAGUGUUCCAGCUUCACCAACGCUGAGAAAGAUCCUGAAGAGUUCCUCAAUCUCAUCAUGCAUCAGAUCCUGGGAAUAGAGCCACUCUUGAAACUGCAGUCAGGAGGCCAGAGGGAGCAGGACUGUUACUGUUACCAGAUAUUUAUGGACAAACAGGAGGAUCUGGUGGUUCCCGACGUGCAGCAGUUAGUGGAACGCUCCUUCCUGUCCUCCGACCUGAAGCUAGUGGAGAUCCCAUCUUGCUUCAUUAUCCAAAUGCCGCGGUUUGGGAAGGAAUAUAAAAUGUUCAGCAAAAUCAUUCCUUCCUUGGAGCUGGAUAUAACAGAUCUGCUGCUUGACAGUCCCAGGGAAUGCUGCGUGUGCGGCGAUGUCGCCACCCUGGAGUGUUCAGAGUGUUUCAAAGACAAGGUAUUCGCAGCCACGGGCCUGAAGCAGUUCUGCAGCUCCUGCUCCAGACAGGUUCACUCCCACUACCAACGCAAAGCUCACAAGCCAACUAGGCUGCACAUUCCAGAAGAAUUUCACAGUCGGAACCCCCGGGGCAGCCAGCAGGUCCCUCGCGAGAAGAUGGAGCUCUUCGCAGUGCUCUGCAUCGAGACCAGUCAUUACGUCUCCUUUGUGAAAUAUGGCCCCGAGAACCAACACUGGAUGUUCUUCGACAGCAUGGCCGACAGGCAUGGUGAUGAAAACGGCUUCAACAUUCCCACGGUAACGCUGUGCCCUGAAGUUGCCAAAUACCUGGACUUGCCGCUGGCUGUGCUGGCCCUGGAGCAGCCUCGGGACAUGGAUGGAGUGGCCAAGCGCCUCUUCUGCGACGCCUACAUGUACAUGUACCAGAGCAAGAAGAUGGCCCUCUACAAGUGA